AGGGGCCAUCUUCCGGGUUCACCGCCGCAUCCCCACCCCCACCCCCGGCACAGCGCCUCCUGGCGCCUAACAUCGGUGACUUAGUGAAAGGACUAAGAAAGACCCGAGGCGAGGCCGGGACAGGCCGAUUUCUAGCCGCCACGUGGAGAACAGCUUGGAGCGGUGGGCGGGGCUUAGCGGCGUUGCUGGAGGAACGGGCGGAGUCGCCCAGGGUCCUGCCCUGCGGGGCCGAGCCGAGGCAGGCGGUGACGUCACCACUCGGGGCGGAGCCGCAGCCUCGCGGGGGCGGGGCCUGGCGCCGGCGGUGGCGUCACAAAAGGCGGGGCCGCAGUGGUGUCCGAGAAGUCAGGCACGUAGCUCAGCGGCGGCCGCGGCGCGUGCGUUUGUGCCUCUGCGCGGGUCUCCGGUCCUUCUGCCAUCAUGCCGAUGUUCAUCGUAAACACCAACGUGCCCCGCGCCUCCGUACCGGACGGGUUCCUCUCCGAGCUCACCCAGCAGCUGGCGCAGGCCACCGGCAAGCCCCCCCAGUACAUCGCGGUGCACGUGGUCCCGGACCAGCUCAUGGCCUUCGGCGGCUCCAGCGAGCCGUGCGCGCUCUGCAGCCUGCACAGUAUCGGCAAGAUCGGCAGCGCGCAGAACCGCUCCUACAGCAAGCUGCUGUGCGGCCUGCUGGCCGAGCGCCUGCGCAUCAGCCCGGACAGGGUCUACAUCAACUAUUACGACAUGAACGCGGCCAAUGUGGGCUGGAACAACUCCACCUUCGCCUAAGAGCCGCAGGGACCCACGCUGUCUGCGCUGGCUGCACCCGGGAACCCGCCCCACGCUGUGUUCUAGGCUCGCCCACCCCAACCUUCUGGUGGGGAGAAAUAAACGGUUUAGAGACUA